AAGGCUGGUUAAUAUUGCGUGAGAGCAUGACGCGCGUCUAAUUUUGAGGACUUGCAACCAAACAGAGUGUAAGUUGAAGUGAGCAAGUGCAACGAUAGAGAGAGGAAUAUAAACUACUAUUAGUAGUACCCUUCUGAUGCGAUACAGUGCCAACCUGGGGCACAAUCUUCCCUUUCCCCUUCUUCUUCCUCUACAAAUAUCCAAUAGCAGACUAAACCCUAGCAUAGCAGUAGCAGUGGAAAAUGGAUGACGAGGAGAGAGAGAGGCUUCUGGAGAGGGAGAGAUUGCAAAUCCAGGUCAUUCGCCAGCUCGAUCUCGAGGACCUCGUAGUCGAAGAAGUCGACCACUCCGACGAAGAAGACAUCGACGGCGAUCCCGACGAGGAGUAUGCGCUUUUCCUUUCGCAAUACCAUUUGGAUGCUUCUCUUCCUCCUCCCUCAUCUGCCGAAUUCAAUUUCGAUACCUAUAUCGCGCCUUUGCAUACCUAUCUCGGUGAUGUCGAAGACACGCGCCACAGGACUGCGUUCUUGGACGGUGGCGCCAUAUUGAACCUUCCCCUCUUUUGUCUCGGAGGAGUUGUACUUUUUCCUGGGGCUACUCUUCCCCUUAGAGUUAUUGAACCUCAUUUGGUGGCUGCUGUUGAGAGAGCUUUAACUCAAGAUGAUAUUCCUUGUACCAUUGGUGUGAUUCGAAUUCACAGGGAUACUGCAACUCGGAGGACGAAAUCAGCUAGCAUUGGGACAACUGCAGAGAUUCGACAAUUUGGGCGCCUGGGGGAUGGUUCUCUGAAUGUGGUUACCCGUGGACAACAACGAUUUCGCCUAAGACGGUCCUGGACUGAUGUGGAAGGAGUGCCUUAUGGAGAGAUUCAAGUUAUUGAGGAAGAUCUGCCACUCAGAAUUCCAAGGGAUGCUUUUGGCAAAUCAGCACCAUUGAGUAAUAUGCCCUGUAGCCAAGGUGUCUCACAUAAUUUGUCUCCAAAGUAUUCCCAUGUUAACAUGCAAAGGUCAAAAAAUGAGGAAAAUGAUUCAGAACCAAAUUCAGAAGAGAGUUUUGAGAGUGAGCUCUCACUGAUGGAAAGGAAAAUCCAUCUAUCAGUUGUUGGCUCCAGUUAUGUGCAUGAUACUAUGGAUGAAUCAGCAAAUGAUAAUGAUGUUAAAUUUAUGCAUAACUCAGAUCAGGAAAUUAGAUCCAAUUUGGAUUCAAGAACUGGGAAAUGUUCCACUUCUGGAAAGCAGUCAUCAAAAGAAGAGCUUAGUAGAUGUAAAAAUAUCUGUGCCUACCCGUCUUAUAAGAUUUCCAAAGCAUUCUGGCCCCACUGGGCGUAUCAGAUGUUUGACUCUUAUUCGCUUGCACAAAGGGCUGCAGAUAUGUGGAAGCGAAUAGUUGGGAUGCCUGACAUGGAUAGUCUCAUUAAGAAGCCUGAUAUUUUAUCAUUUCACAUAGCCAGUAAAAUACCUGUGUCUGAGUCUACAAGGCAGGAGCUUUUGGAUAUUGAUGGCAUUGCAUAUAGGCUGCGCAGGGAAAUUGAAUUACUAGAGAGCAUUGAUCUUAUCCGGUGUAAAAGCUGCGAGACUAUAAUUGCAAAAAGAAGUGAUAUGUUGGUGAUGUCAAGUGAGGGUCCUCUUAGUGCAUAUGUGAAUCCAGGUGGUUAUGUGCAUGAGAUAAUGACUCUUUACAAGGCAAAUGGUUUAGCUCUCGUUGGAUCAGCAGCAACAGAUUACAGUUGGUUUCCUGGGUAUGCAUGGACAAUCGCAACUUGUGCAACAUGUAAAACACAAAUGGGAUGGCUUUUUACAGCCAGGAACAAACAACUGAAACCCAGCUAUUUCUGGGGGAUUCGGAGCUGUCAACUUGCAGAGGAAAUACGCCAAAACCUUUAGUUUGAUAUGUAUGCAGUCAUCUAUCCAAAGCUUAGUGAAAGCCAUGUUCAAGUAACACUGCAUGGUUAUGUAUAUAAUGCAACUUUCUUGUAGCACUUCGCAUGUUGGUAUACUUAUAUUAGUAAAAUAUGUUGCAACAGCUUGGAAGAAAUAAAGUCACACCUGAAGAUAUUUUUAGAUGCGAAUUUUUGCGAACUCUUGUAGCGGUGUUGUUUUCACAGUUCGAUGAAGAAGCUGCCUAUUUCGUUUAAAAGAGCUAGAUGCCUUGUUAAGAGUUUUUUGGUCUGGUCUGGUCUGCCUACACCGCUAGCUAAAAUUGGUUUGGGGGAAUAAUGUAAAUGUACGAAUUAACUAAACUAUUAUAUUUUUUAUA